CGCGCGCAUUUGCUUGUAUCUGUCAAAGUUGUUUAUUGUAAAGGUUAAAAAAUAAAAAUGCAUUAUAUAAAAAAGAAAUUAAAUAGUUACAUUAUUUUAUAAAUUGGACACUUUUUGUGAAAACAUUGUAUUAAAAUAAAAUUUUUAACCAACUGGAUCUUUGUUAGAAGCUGUCAAAAAGUACGCGAAUAUUAGUUGUGCAGGAUUUUUGCAUAAUGUUCUCACACAAUGUAUGAAGAUGAUAACAUUACCUCUACUCCUAAGCGUUACGCACUAACAGAAGUUACGAAUUCAACCAGUUACGUCUCACCGACGGCCAAUCUAAAGUUGUUGACGAAUGUUGCGUUGCAGUAUCCCACGCCGCCGCCAAGCACGGUGCAUCGAAAAGAAAAGUCCCUUCAAAUAUUAUGUGACAAGUUCCUCAAUUUGUAUCCAUUACACGGCAAUGGUACGGUAGAAAUACAACUGGACAGUACCGCAGCCCGAUUAGGGGUUGAAAAGAGAAGGAUGUAUGAUAUAAUUAAUAUAUUGGAAGCCAUGCAAUGUGCUGUACACAAAAGAAAAAACACUUAUUUGUGGCAUGGCGGUGCAAGGCUGAAUUCUUUUCUUAAAAUGUUGAAAAGGCAAGGAGAAAAUUUAAAGUUAUCAGAAGCUCUUAGAGGAAGAGCACCAAAACCACCUGCACCAAAGCAUAAAACUUUGGGUGUUUUAGCCCAAAGAUUUUUGAUGCUUUUUUUAGUGGAACCUCCUAAUACACUAAUAAAUUUAGAAAUGGCUGUGAGUGUUCUAAUAGACACAACAAACAAAAAUAAAUCGGUGCUAUCUCCUGAGCAGCAGGACCGGCAACACAAGUCCAAAGUCAGGAGGCUUUAUGAUAUUGCUAAUGUCUUCAUUUCAAUUGGUCUCAUAGAAAAGGUUUCAGGUAAUUUAAUAUUAAAGAAGCCAGUAUUUAAGUAUGUUGGUCCUUUUAAGAUGAAGGAAACUGAGAAGGUAGUUUGCACUCCAUCACCCGUCACACCCCUAUCAAUAUUAGAUACACACCAACAGAUGACACCAUGUCAUGUAUUUGCUGGUAAAUCUAAGCGCAAACUAGAGUUUGCAACGCCUACUACGAGUACAGAGAAGCUCGGACUGACGACCCCUCCACACACACCAUCUCACAAGUGGGAUGAAAUCCUUCUUGUAGCCGACAUGGAACUUAAUAGAAUUAACAGUGGAGUUGUGAUUAUAUAGAUAUUUGUCACUUAAAUUCUUAAUUACCUAUGUAUACAUACAAUUUCAAUUAAUUAUUAGGUUCCAGAUUGUUUAGAACUGAGACAAUGGUAUUGAUUAGCCAGAAUCAUAUAUGAACAAAACAAUAAUGGGGUGUAAUAUGCUUGCCAGAUGUAACUAUUUAUUGGCAAAUGUUACAAGUAAUAUGUUAUAGUCUGAUAUAUUUUGCUUGUAAGCAGACUGACUGAUUGAGAAAAGGCAAACAUUUGUAAACACAUCGUCUUCCAGGGGAUAUUUAAAGAAAAUAUAUUAUGACUGUAGAUGUAUAAUUUUUGCCCAAUAAGUUAAUUCUAUUGUUUGUUACUGAGACCAGAGGUUUAUCUUUGUCAGUCAUACUAGUGCAAUGAACAAGAUAUUAGCGUAUUUAUUUUAAGAAAAUUUUAUAAAUGAAUUAUUUAAACGGUACUACCGUAAGACUAAAGAUAUAUGCCAUAUUUUCAAAAAGUAAGGUUUAUUAUAAAAACUGUACCACAAUAUAAAAUUUAAUAAUGUAUAGGUUACUGAAUUAUAAUUUAUAUUGAAAAAUUUAAAUGAUAAUUAAUUUGUGUAAUGUAAUGUAACUGAAUGAUUUCUUCAGAGGUUAUGUUUUGCGCCCUGGGAGCUAUUGGACUGAAUUAUAUUAUACAAGCAAUGUCAAUGUAAUUUGUAUAAUUGUGUAUACUAUUCCCAACUAUUAUUAUAUAUCGUGAAUUUAUUCUUAUAUAGAAGACAUUUAUAGUUGUGAAGUUUUGACAAAGAGUAAUAUUUGCAUUUAAAGUCGCCUUUGAUACAUAGUUAUUAUGAUGAAUUUUAUAACAAAGUUGCUUUUAUUUUAUAUUUGUUCUAAGUUACAUGUAAUAUUAAAUAACUUCAUUUUUA